UAGACCACAGAAGCGGCAGCAGUCUGUACUCGGCUGACGGUUUGAGCCCCUUAUAUUCAGAGCAGGCACCUCAUCUAAAUAAGCGACGCUACGCAUUGCAAUGGUUACACUGUCAGUCUGCUCUGUCUUAGUAGACACGCCGGAGCUGCAAUGAAGGCAGGGGCCUCUUCCAUGUGGGCUUCAUGCUGUGGUCUGCUGAAUGAAGUCAUGGGUACUGGGGCCGUCAGAGGCCAGCAACCAGGGUUUGGGGCCGGUGCUGGACCCUUCAGAUUUGCCCCCAGUGCGGGAUACUCCACGUACCCGCCCACCAGCUCAGGGAGUCCCAGUCUUGUAUGCAAGGCCUGUGGCCAGGCCUUCUCGGUCUUCAGGAGGAAGUAUAUUUGUUGCGACUGCAAGAAGAGCUUCUGCUCUCUGUGCUCCGUGCUUCAGGAGAAUCUACGCAUUUGUGCCACAUGUCAUUUGCUGAAGGCGACGGCCUUUCAGCGGCCACGGCUCAUGCGCCUGCGAGUGAAGGAUCUGCGUCAGUAUUUGCUGCUGCGUAACAUCCCCACUGAUACCUGCAGGGAGAAGGAAGACCUGGUGGACCUGGUUCUCUGUCACCAAGGCAUUGAAGAAGAGGAGGAUCCCGACACGACCAGCAUUCACUCACGUUCCCUGUAUACUCCAACCCCCUCUACCACACAGUCGGCCUCGGAGCUGUCUGCUUUCGCUGCCUCUCAGGAGGAACCGCUUAGCAGGAGUGAUAGCUCUGAUAACAACCAGGAUAUGGGGGAUGGCACAUCAGUGUCUCUUCUCAACUUGGACCCCAGUGAAAACACUCCAGAGGUCAGUCCUCAGACUCGACGUUGGGCCAGAGCAUCCCUCUCAGACAUUUCCAGUUUACGGGAUAUCGAGUGUCUGUCUGUCCGGCAGCUGAAGGAGAUCCUGGCCAGGAAUUUUGUCAACUAUUCAGGGUGCUGUGAGAAGUGGGAGCUAGUGGAGCGCGUGAGCAGACUUUACAGGGAGACAGAAGAGAACAGGAAAUCAUUGGAAAAUGUGAGCAGCACUGUAACCACAGUGAUGACCUUCCCCCCUCCUAUCUGCAAUGGUGCCAUCGGAGACGGUGAAAACUGUCCGCUGACGAUUCAUGACGACAACCUCUGUAGGAUCUGCAUGGACGCUGUGAUCGACUGUGUUCUCCUGGAGUGUGGACACAUGGUCACUUGCACCAAAUGUGGCAAGAGGAUGAACGAAUGCCCGAUCUGCAGGCAGUACGUCGUGAGGGCUGUGCACGUCUUCAAAUCCUAAAGCACCACUGCACCUGCUUCAGGCUGAGACUGUACUUUAACUCAACGAUGCAGCUCGUAAUCUUCGAAUCCCCAAAAGACUCAAUCUGUGGAUGUUUGCAUUCCCUGAGGUCUCACUUUAUUUGCACAUCGAAAUAUGAGAAAUGUGUCUUUCUGAAGAAUUUUGACUAUUUGCUUUCACCAGUGGGCAGAGAGUAGGAACGUCCUCUGAGUCAUUCCUCAAGUAAACAUAUCUUAAUCUGUAUUCAUUCUUAAAGGUCUGAAGUGUUUUUCUUACAGUUUUUCAAAGCAAAGAAUGUGUGGCAUGAGCCACUUUGAGUCUCAUUAAACACAAUGCAUCACAUCAGAUCUGCCUGUAAACUGUAGCUCUGCUCUGCUGGGCAUUCCUAAGAGCACCUCACUUUACAGCUGCUGCAAGCGACUACAUAUCUUUGUAAGGGCGGGGGCAGGCACAUGCUGAAGCUCAACACAGGAGAGAGUGAGCUAGGUGCCAAAUAAUGCAUCAUGCCCUUACCUUUUUUUUCUUUUUUUUUUCCUUCCUUUGGCCAUGAGGCAGUGUUUGGCUGUUUUUUCUUCAGCAUGUUAGCUCAGAAAGCACUUUUUUCUUCACAACUGUUGAUCCACUGCUCACAACCCACUGCAAACUAUGACCUCAUAGUAGCUGAAGUAAUGCGUACUAAUCUUUGAGCUGUGUGUUUUCAGCGUAAACAUGCUCAUCUCACAAAAGAGCAAACAUGCGUCGUCGUGAUUUAUUUUUUUAUUUUUUUCCUUCAUAUGAAGUCGAUGCAUAAUUAUUCUGUUCACUUAUUUUGCUACAUAAGCACUGGUAUGCGUUACACAUUUAAAUGACCACACAAAGUCUGUCAUUACAGCAAUAGCUAACCUCCGCUGUCACCUCUGAUUUGUCUCUUUAGUGGAGACAAAGGACAAAAACCGGUGCUAACUCAUCCAACCACCUUCCCCCAUGCUCCAGCUCAGCUGAACUGUGGAUGUGAAACUGAAUGUUUUUAGUUGUCAUGUAUUGUUGAGAAUGAAAUGAAGUGUCUUAAUGUUUUUUUUUUUUUUUCCUCAUGUAGGAGUAAUGCAUUGAACUAACUAUUCAAAGAUAUAGCUAAAAGUUUACUGACACCUGUGGUAUAGGAAGUAAAUAGAAGUUAAUGACUUGCUAUUGUACAUUUGCAUAUAUGGCUCCAUAUGAGAUGUAUAUAUCUAUUUUUUUUUUUUUUUUUUAAUUUGAAUUUGAAUUUAAAAUGUGACAUCAGAUCAUUGAAAUGCCCCAGGGAUUGGGUUAGUUUAUAUUUAGAGGGUUACAUUUUUCCUGUCAAGUGAUUUGAAAUGUGUUUAAUCUGCAUUUAUUUGCUUGAACCAGAGCAUGACACUUGGCUUUAUGACACUGAUUAGGUUAUAUCCUCCUUAGAUCUCCUCUACUUAUGAAACAAAUCCUCUGCUUUGAUUUUCCCAGAUUCCUGCUCUUUUCCAAGUAUUGCGCUCUGUACUGUAACCCACAAAGUCAAAAUUGCUGCUAUUAUAGUAAAGAUGUCCCCUACGGUUAUGAACAGUAGCGGAUCAGGUUGCACUUUUUUCUUUUAGAGAGGGUGUAAUUGUGUGCAAGGUUUGGUCUUUGUAUUUGGGAAUGUUGAACUUUU